UUCAAGAUGGCGGCAGGCCUGAGGAAGCGCGGCCGGGCAGGUCCCGCAGCUCGGGCGGUGGGACUGUGCGGGCAGUGGCUGCGGCGCGCCUGGCAAGAGCGGCGCCUACUGCUGCUGGAACCGCGCUACACGCUGCUGGUGGCCGCCUGCCUCUGCCUGGCGGAGGUGGGCAUCACCUUCUGGGUCAUUCACAGGGUGGCAUAUACAGAGAUUGAUUGGAAAGCCUACAUGGCUGAGGUGGAGGGCGUCAUCAACGGCACCUAUGACUAUACUCAACUGAGGGGUGACACUGGACCUCUUGUGUAUCCAGCUGGCUUUGUGUACAUCUUUAUGGGGCUAUACUAUGCCACUGGCCGGGGCACUGACAUCCGCAUGGCCCAGCACAUCUUCGCUGUGCUCUACCUGGCCACUUUGCUGCUUGUCUUCUUGAUUUACCACCAGACCUGCAAGGUACCUCCCUUCGUCUUUUUCUUCAUGUGCUGUGCCUCUUACCGUGUCCACUCCAUCUUUGUGCUGCGGCUCUUCAAUGACCCAGUGGCCAUGGUGCUGCUCUUCCUCAGUAUCAACCUCCUGCUGGCCCAGCGCUGGAGCUGGGGCUGCUGCUGUUUCAGCCUGGCAGUCUCUGUGAAGAUGAAUGUGCUGCUCUUCGCCCCUGGGUUACUAUUCCUUCUCCUCACGCAAUUUGGCCUCCGUGGGGCCCUCCCCAAGCUGGGCAUCUGUGCUGUCCUUCAGGUGGUGCUGGGGCUACCCUUCCUGCUGGAGAACCCCGUCGGCUACGUAUCCCGCUCCUUUGACCUUGGCCGCCAGUUUCUCUUCCGCUGGACCGUGAACUGGCGCUUCCUCCCCGAGGCCAUCUUCCUGCAUCGUGCCUUCCACCUGGCACUUCUGACUGUCCACCUCACCCUGCUCUUGCUCUUUGCCCUCUGCAGGUGGCACAGAUUGUUUCUGCCCUCUUCACCUCCAACUUCAUUGGCAUCUGCUUCAGCCGCUCCCUUCACUACCAGUUCUACGUCUGGUAUUUCCACACAUUGCCCUACCUCCUGUGGGCCACGCCUGCACGCUGGCUCACACACCUGCUCAGGUUGCUGGUGCUGGGGCUCAUUGAGCUCUCCUGGAACACAUACCCAUCCACGUCCUGCAGCUCUGGUGCCCUGCACAUGUGCCAUGCUGUCAUCCUGCUGCAGCUCUGGCUGGGCCCCCAGCCUUUCCCCAAGACCAUCCAGCACAGCAAGAAAGCCCACUGAGAUCCAUCUCUUCCCCUCCAGUCUAUUCUCAAGACCCUGGAUGGGGAUGGACUGUGUGCCCUUCCCAAUAAACUUUGCGAAGUCCACUUCUGUGCAGCCUACGUGGAGGUGCCUGGACCAAGCUGUGAGGGACAGGCACGCGGCAGAUAAAGAACUCAUUCAGACAGUCCUAAGAGGCACUUUAUUGCAUAGGAUUUAGGGACUGUGGCUCUCUCCCCUUCUACUGCACUGCACAGAGCUCAGAGGGGAAGGGGCAUGGGGUGGGAGGAGCAGGAGAGAGCACAGGCAGGCACUUUCUGUGGGGCAAGAGGAUUUUGUGAAGGGAAUGAGAAGCAGUAGGGGCGGACUGUCACCCACCCCUUCCCAGCACCAAGAGGCUGGCUCUGGGUGGCAGUGACUUGAGUUUGUUGGGGGGUGCCAGCCAGAGCAACCGGUGACCCUCACAUGUUUGCUGGGCUGUAGCACAGCAGGUGCAGCUGCAGGUUCUGGUCCCAGUGGCGCAGCAGCAGGAAGAGACCCCGGGCUGCGGCCUUGAGGUUGGCCAGGUCGAGGCCGUCGGGCAGGUGCUGGGCCCGCAGCCAACAGUCAGCCUUAGCUGCCGCCAGUUCCCACUCGCCGAAGGCCGCGGCACAGCGGUGCUCCAGCCACGCAAGCGCCACAGCAGUGGCCCAAGUCCGGCCCCGCAGGUCGGCACCACCAGGCCCUUCCGCCCCCUCCGAGGCCUCGGUGUCUGAGCCCCGGCCACUGUCCACCUGGCCUAGACCCUCGGAGCCCGAGCUGGGGGAUGGGCUGCAAGAGGCCGUGGCACUGUCACCCUGGCCAGCACCAUGGCCUAGCAGUGCCCAGGGAGAGGAGGCCGAGGUGGGGCUGAGGCUGGCGCGAUGUGCAGCGAAGGGCGAGGCACGGCACAGGCGCUCCCGAGAGAUGUGCACCGCUGCGCAGAAGGGCGCGUCUAGGCGGAAGGAGCCGGGCGCCUCCUGCAAGCGCACCUGAGGAGAGAGGAGGUGGGGGGAGAAUCGAGCUGAGACAGCGCCCUGGCCCUGGCAGCGCCACCCUCCACCUCCCGAGUCCUCACCAAGGGCAGGUAGUCGUGGUUGCUGCCUUCACUGUUGCUGUCACUGGCUUGGCCCGUGUUGGGGCUGCAGAGUCUAUGGCUGUCUGGGCCUCUGGCCUUCCGACGGCCCAGGCUGAGCCGAGAGGGAGGCUCGGGGGGCAGACGAUGAGGACCUCCGAUGGGGGCUGCGUGGUCCCCCAAAGCAGAACUGGAGUUGCCAAUUUGGUCCGGCUCCCAGCCGCCUGCCAGAGAGCCUCCCUUAAGUCCUGAACUGGAGCCGUUCAGUGGUGGUCCCUAAGCCUGGUUGGUCCCUACCAUUUACCCAAAUUUGAGUGUUACCUUUAGAGUGGACGACUGGGGGCAGAGGAGCUGCAUCUAGAUGACCUUGAGAGGCAGGAGGGGUGCCCGGGGGUUCGGCUGGCUCUGCAGGGGCACAGAAGACAGGUGAGGUAUGUCUCGGAGGGUGGCCAGUGAGAUGGGAGCCGGCACCUGGGAGGUCACCUGGAAGGGACCUUACCUACCUGAGCUCUGCACCUGCAGGGCUGAAGGUAGGACCUCUCUGGUGGUAGCAUCCACAGCUACAGGGCAAGUGAAGCAGGAAGGGGCAGAGCUGACCUUGCUUGUCUGAAGGGCUCGGAGCCAGGACCUCCGGGCAUGACCUGCAAAACCAAGGAGCCACAUGUUGACUGGGAGGGGGGUGCGCUCCCAGCACCCACUCUACAAAGGGCUUCCCAGAAAAAAAUCUCAGUGCUCCCAUAGCUUCUCCCUGUGUACACAUUUUGUUUUGUUUUGUUUUGUUUUUGGCUGUGCCUCCAGGCUUGCGGGAUCUUAGUAGUUCCCCGACCAAGGAUUGAACCCUGGCCCCGGCAGUGAAAGCACCAAGUCCUAACCACUGGACCGCCAGGGAACUCCCAGCCUUCUGUCCACUUUUGAACAGAAUGGAGUUCCUUCUCGGGGUCAGCUCAGACUCCUCAGCUUUGACAAGAAGUGGUUAGGCUGAACACUCAACCACAUUGUAGCAAGACUAGGCCCCCGGCCACGCACAAAUUCAACAUUCUGGAUACAGCCCAGAGGAGGCAUUGACUGUGGUACCUUUUCCAUCCACUCAUUUCAGCACUGCCCAACAGAACUUUCUGCAAUGAUGGAAAUGUUCUACAUCUGCAUGAUCCAGUAUAGUAGCCGCUAGUCCCAUGUGACUAUUAAGCACUUGAAGUGUGGCUAGUGCAACUGAAGAACUGACAUUUUAACU